AUGCCGGAUCGUGGGAGGGAGGACGAUUCUUGGUGGACCCCGAACGGAGACGGAACCUUUUCGGUAAGGUCUUGUUACGAUUAUCUUUCGGUAAAUAGUCUUGGUUCUAUUUUUAGUCCGGAAAGAGAGAAGGCGUUGAAGUUGGCUUGGAAAGCUCUUAUUCCUUUUAGAUAUAAAGCUUUUGCUUGGAGGAUUUUGAUUGAUAGACUCCCUUCUAAAAAUCUUCUUUUUGUUAGAGGUAUUCUCUCUUCUCCUUCCGAUCUUUUUUGUGAUUUUUGUAAAGAUAGUGAAGAAAGUAUAGCGCACCUUUUCUUUUCUUGUGUUGUGGCUAGGAAAGUGUGGGGUUUCAUUUUGGAGUGGUUAGAGAUGGAUUUGGUUUUGCUUCCGUUAGUUUGGGAGAACUUUCUUUUAGUCUAUGAAGGUUUAAGGAGGAAGAAAGUUAGGAAGGGUACGGAGAGUUUGGUUUGGAUAGCGGUGUGUUGGGGGUUGUGGAGAACGAGGAACAAAGUCAUUUUCGGGAAUGAUAGUUGGAGCGUUCCGGACCUUGUUUGGAGUAUUAAAGUGAUGAUUUGGAAAUGGUCCUUCCACGGCGAAAUUAUGUAUGGCAAAUGCAACUUUUAUGAUUUUUGCAAAGAUCCUUUGCACUUCUUAAGUUAG